UUGUCAUCGCUACCUCCAGCUGCAAAAUUGACCUCAGAAAUCAAGUGGGAAAAAGGCCCCGCUGAAAUCUAAAUAUUAGGGCGAUUAAUAUUUAGAUUUAAAACUCCUUUAUCCCCCAGGCCUUCACCAUGGAAGGAAAUGCACGAAUUCUAGCAGCUUCUCUGAUAUUCGCUUCACUUAUUAUUUUCGUUCGAAGAAGUGUACAAGGCCUGCUGUACAACAAUCGGUAUGAUGGAGAUCAAGUAAUUCGAUUACUUCCAAAAACCGAACGAGAAGUGGACGCAUUAAAAAAUAUCCAUGAACUCGUCAAGGUGGAUUUCUGGCAGCCCAGCAGUAUUCUUUCUGUUAAACCUGGUGUUCUUGUAGAUAUACAUGUGCCCAGAAGCUGGUCUGAAAAAUUCUUUCAGUCACUUCUACAAACUGGAAUUGACUUUAAGAUCCUUGUUUCUGAUCUUCAGGGAUUAAUAGAAAUGCAAGGUGUCUCCAGGACUCGUGUGCGCCGGUCAACCCCUCUCUACAGCUAUGAAGUCUACCAUUCUUUAGAAGAGAUUCAAAACUGGAUGCACCAGAUGAAUCAAUCACAUUCUCAGCUCCUUUAUCUUUUCUCCAUCGGAAAAUCCUUUGAAGGACGACCUCUCCUAGUUCUUCAGCUUGGCAAGAGAUCAAAACAUUUAAAGAAAGCUGUAUGGAUGGACUGUGGCAUUCACGCAAGAGAGUGGAUUGGUCCAGCAUUUUGUCAAUGGUUUGUCAAGGAAGCUUUGCAAACGUACCAUAGUGAUCCUUCAAUGCGACGACUUCUGAAACAAAUGUAUUUCUACAUCAUGCCUGUGUUCAAUGUAGAUGGAUACCAUUAUAGCUGGACAACUGAUCGUUUCUGGAGAAAGACACGUUCCAACAGUACCAACUUCAAUUGCCACGGAGUUGAUGCCAAUCGUAAUUGGAAGGUCAAAUGGUCUGGUGAAGGUGCUUCAUUACAUCCUUGUGCUGAUACAUACUGUGGACCUGUACCAGAAUCUGAGCCAGAAGUAAAGGCUGUUGCAAGAUUUCUUCGUAAACACAAGAAACAAAUUCAAGCAUACAUUUCAUUCCAUGCAUAUUCACAAAUGUUACUAUAUCCAUAUUCCUAUAAGGAUGCAAUCAUUCCCAAUUUCAAGUGUGUGAUACCUCUGGCCCCUAUGACUCUUCACACUCCCCAAAGAACAAGGAACAGUAGAACACAGAAACAGGCCCUUCAGCUGACCAAGACUGUGUUGACGCAUGACGCCUUGCUAAACUGA